AUGAAAAACAAUGUCACUGAAGGGGCUAUCGUCCAGCAUCUGGCAAAGCUUCGGACCCGUCGUGUCGAUGCUGGCAAAGAAGUCCCUCCUCCCCUACGGCGUGGUGGUGUAGGGUCAUCGAACAAGUCUUCUGGGAAUGUACCUACCAGAACUGCGUCUGGAUCCAAACGCAACCUCAGAGCUCCUCUUAGUGCAGGAAGCGAGGAGGAUGAAGGUCUAGAAAUGAAUUUCCACGACGAUGCUUCAUCUGAUGAAGACUAUAUCGACAAAGGUCGCCGCAGAAGUCGACCCAAGAAGCAAUUGCACAAACCCCAGCCACGUGAAGUCAUUCCGAUCAAAAGUGAAGACGAGGACAUGGACGGCAGUAACGAUGGAUUCGGUGAGCUGUUGGUCCCUGGGGCUGAGUUUCUCCAAUAUCCCAACGAGCAAGAACCACACUCAGAGCCAACCUCCUCUCCUGUGUCAGACAAUGCUACAAGCAAACUGGUUACUUUGAGGUACAGGCAGCCAGUGGGUAAUAUGUUUAGUGGCUUUCCUUCGACCUAUGCACACUACUGGAACCUAAUCUCAACAUGGAGAAUCAAUACAUGCUUGGAUAUAAUCCUAUCGCGGGAAUGUCUGCAGUUGUUCCUGAAGACGCUGUUACUAACCUCACCUCCCUCGGGGAAAAUCAAGACUUUCACAAUACAUCAUAUGUUGGCUACCAGCAUCCAGCUUAUUACCAUUCCACUGAUGACUCGGUUGGUGGUGUCCUUUAUGGUACCUUGA